UUCCAGUAGAAAUCACCAAAAUUCUAUAGACUGGACACUCUCUUCUUCUGAUGUUAUUGCCCCAUCACCUUGGACAAUCUUUGGCUGCCAAAAUGGUUUACGACUAUUCAAGGAAGCAAAAGAUAGGGAUUCUGGUGGGAAGAAACGAGAUGAUCAUCCCGCAAUAAUGGCUGUUGGUGUGGUAGAUGGAACUUCAGAAGCCAUUUUCCAGACUCUUAUGGCACUUGGUCCUUCAAGAUCCGAAUGGGAUUUCUGUUUUUCCAAGGGGAGUGUAGUUGAGCACCUAGAUGGUCACACCGACAUUAUUCACAAGCAGCUAUAUAGUGAUUGGUUGCCUUGGGGAAUGAAACGAAGAGAUCUGUUGCUGCGGCGUUAUUGGAGGAGAGAAGAUGAUGGAACCUAUGUUAUUCUUUACCAUUCCGUGUUUCACAAAAAGUGUCCUCACCAGAAAGGCUAUGUCCGUGCCUGCCUUAAAAGCGGAGGGUACGUUAUAUCACCAGCGAACAUGGGAAAGCAAUCUGUUGUAAAGCACAUGCUUGCUAUUGAAUCGGGAGCUUCAUGGGGAGAUUGUAAGAACAAAAUUGGUUCUAUAAUAGAAUUCUAA